AUGGUCUGUGACUUUUUCCACCCAAAUGUGGGCGGUGUCGAGAGCCACAUUUACAUGCUCAGUGCCAACCUCAUCAAGCGAGGGCAUAGGGUGAUAGUCAUUACGCACAGUCAUCCUCCGGAUCGCGUCGGCAUCCGAUGGCUACUCCCUGGGUUGAAAGUCUACUACGUGCCCUUCCCGACGAUCGCCUCGUCCGCCACUCUACCGAACUUUCUGACCUUCCUCCCUUACUUGCGCACUAUCGUCCUGCGAGAGGGAGUGGAGCUCAUACACGCUCAUGCCAGUCUUUCUGCUCUCGGGCACGAAGGGAUACUACACGCGCAUCAUAUGGGUGUACGCACCGUCUUCACUGAUCAUAGUCUCUUUGGCUUUGACGAUGCUGCGAGUAUCCUGACGAACAAACUAUUGGAAGCCGCUCUCCGAAAUGUAGAUGCCGCUAUCUGCGUCUCGCAUACGGGACGCGAGAACACAGUUCUACGCGCAAGACUACCACCAGAGUGUGUAUAUGUCAUCCCGAACGCCCUAGUCGCAGAUCAAUUCAAACCUGAUCCAAAUGCUAAGAAGACAAACGAAGUGACAAUAGUGGUCAUAUCUCGUCUGGCGUAUCGGAAGGGCAUAGAUCUUCUGGUCGCGACUGCGCCACGGAUAUGCGCCUUGUUCCCCAACGUGAAGUUCGUCAUAGGCAACGACGCAGGAGCAGAUGGUCCAAAAAUGAUUGAUCUUCUACAGAUGAGGGAGAAACACACACUUCAAGAUCGGAUCGAGAUGUUGGGCUCUGUUCGUCACAGCGACGUUCCCGACGUAAGACGUGCUAACCCGGGGUCUAUCUUCUUGAACACAUCACUCACAGAGUCCUUUGGCAUCGCUAUCCUUGAGGCGGCUUGCGCGGGGCUAUACGUUGUCGCGACUCGCGUCGGAGGCGUCCCGGAGAUCCUUCCUGACGAUAUGAUGUCGUUUGCCAACCCCGACGAAGAUGAUGUGGUACGAGCCAUGGCCGAAGCCAUCGAUAUCGUCUCCAAAGGCCAACACGAUCCCGCUCGAGCACAUGCACGCGUGAAGCAGUUCUACGACUGGGCGCAAAUAGCAGAGCGAACGGAGCGAGUUUACUCCAAUGUCAUGCGAACGCGUCCUCGGUCCUUCUGGGUCAGACUGCAACGGACGCUGGAGCUGGGACGAUUUGCAGGACCAAUCUUUACGAUUAUCCUCUUGGUCGACUGUCUGUUCUUUGCAUUUCUGGAAUGGUGGAUACCCCGUGGAACCAUUGACAAGGUACAAAUGCACUGGGACCAUCAACGGUUCGAAGAGGUAUGGUGUUGUCGAGGGCGUCCACUCGAGCACUGCUAA